CUUUCACUGUCACUACCUUUUUGAAGUACUUAGGGUACUCAAUUCACAAAAUCAAAGAUUGAGAUCCAAAUGUAAUCUCGUAGUCCAACUUCACAAGAGUGAGUGACCCAAAGUUUAUCCAUCCUCUUUAACGGCGGCCCAAAGAGUAAGUGCAACCUCACGUCCCACCCUUGGUCUCGCCCCCAAACUCCUAUUUGACUUCCACGAGCUUCCCCUUCCGGCUCUGGUCUCCUUCCUUCCAAUUCGUCAUUCCUUACAAUCUUCCGUAGCCGCGCAGGAACUCCGAAUCCGACCCUAACUGCGCCGUUCGCCGUUCGUCAGCCACCAACGAGGAAGCUACUUCGUCUGAUCACCAGUAGGUUUUUUUUAAUGGACAAUCUAGUCGAUUCCUUAAACAGCAGUUACCUAGAGUUUGUUGCGGCAGCAGCCAAUGUGCUUGAAUCGAAGGAAAGCUCUGGCGGUCAGAAGACCGCAUUGACUGAUGCUGCUUUGGAAAAAUUCAAACAACGUUGGGAGUUGUUCAAAGUUGCAUGUGAUCAAGCAGAGGAAUUCGUGGAGUCGGUGAAGCAAAGAAUUGGGUCUGAGUGUUUGGUGGAUGAGGCGACUGGCUCUCUUUCUGGGCAGCCUGCCACUAUGGGCGGGGUGCAGCCCAUCAGUGCGGUUCGGUUGGAGCAGAUGAGUAAAGCUGUCAGAUGGUUAGUGAUUGAGCUUCAACAUGGUUCUGGGUCAGCUGGCACAUCAUCACAACCCCACCCUUCUGCUCCAUUUGAUGCCCGGUUUUCUGAAGAUACAGCUCAAUAGGUGAUUGCUGGUUGAUUGUGGGCAUAAUGGCACCACCUAUGGGUUGACGCCGCUAUACAAUUGUGUAUCUUUAUUGUGAAAUAUAGCAGCAACAGCGACAAUAGGAAGCCCAAGAUGUAUUUAGUCCAAUAUUUAUCCGAAUUGGGUUCCGUUCUCAAUAGAUGCAUUUAUUGUAAUAUUGUAUGAAUUAAAAAUUGUGUUUUUGUGUAUGUGUAUUGUGACUAGUGAUGUAUUUCAUGUACCUUUAUAUUAACAGAAUGCAAUUUGUAUGCACAAACAAGAUUCUUUAUUCUCGUUAAUGACAUGCGUUGUGUCUGGGUGCAUGUUUUUAAGAUUUUUGCAAGAACAAAGUUUCCAUAUGUUC